UGAAGUUGUAUACAGCUAUGGUCCGACCCCAUCUUGAGUUUGCGAAUGUGGUUUGGCACCCAUAUAUGAGAAAAGAUAUUGAAAGUUUAGAAAGACUACAAAAGAGGGCUACAAAAUUGAUUCCAUCUCUAAAAGAUAUGUCAUAUGAAGAAAGGCUCAAGCAGUUAAAAUUACCCACUCUUGCUCAUAGAAGAAUGCGUGGAGACGCUAUACAGACUUUUAAGAUUGUAAAAGGUAUCGAUGAUUGUGACUUUGAAAGAUUCUUUUGCUACGCUUCAUCAACAAGAGGGCAUAACUUAAAGCUUGAAAAACCCAGAUUUAGGACCACUUUCUGCCAGCACCAGUUUUCUCGUCGUGUUAUACAAGUGUGGAAUGACUUGCCUCAACAUGUGAUAGAUGCUGAAGAUGUAGAAUCAUUUAAAGUAAGGUUGGACCGCCACUGGCAAGGAGACAUGCUGUACCAGUUUUUGUCAGUACCGCAGGACACUGACGCAGGCAACGGCACAGGAACAGGAUCCGGGUCGGAAGCAGGUUCCGGAACGAACGCAGAUACUGCAAUAAAUACGACGGCUUCUGGGCCUAGUGAUCCAAACAGAGGCAAGCAAACUUCAGAUGAAGGUUUUGAUGGAGCUGCCAGCAAUUCAAGUUCAGAUACAGGUGAAGUGAAUUCUGCUACAGCAGGAUCUGGAGGAAAUGCAGGUCCCGGUGACAGUUCAGGGUCAGCAUCCGGCGCAGGUGGAGGAUCCGGGGCGGGACCAGGUUCCAGGGCUGAUUCAGGAACGGGAACAGGAUCUGAGACAGGUGCGGCGAAGGAACGGAAACUGGCGAGGGAGGGGGAGCAGGGAGUGGCACAGAUCAAGGAGCAGGAACUGGCCAAGAUCAGGGAGCUGGGACUGGCGCAGAUCAAGGAGCAGGAACUGGCACAGGUGAAGGAGCUGGAACUGGCACAGAUCAAGGAGCGGGAACUGGCACAGGUCAAGGAGCUGGAACUGGCACAGAUCAAGGAGCAGGAACUGGCACAGGUGAAGGAGCUGGAACUGGCACAGAUCAAGGGACAGGAACUGGCACCGGUGAAGGAGCUGGAACUGGCACAGGUCAAGGAGCAGGAACAGGUGAAGGAGCUGGAACUGGCACAGAUCAAGGAGCUGGAACUGGCACAGGUGAAGGAGCUGGAACUGGCACAGAUCAAGGAGCUGGAACUGGCACAGGUGAAGGAGCAGGAACUGGCACAGAUCAAGGAGCAGGAACUGGCACAGGUGAAGGAGCUGGAACUGGCACAGGUGAAGGAGCAGGAACUGGCACAGGUGAAGGAGCUGGAACUGGCACAGGUCAAGGAGCAGGAACUGGCACAGGUGAAGGAGCUGGAACUGGCAGAGGUCAAGGAGCAGGAACUGGCACAGGUGAAGGAGCUGGAACUGGCACAGAUCAAGGAGCUGGAACUGGCACAGAUCAAGGAGCAGGAACUGGCACAGGUGAAGGACCUGGAACUGGCACAGAUCAAGGAGCAGGAACUGGCACAGGUGAAGGAGCUGGAACUGGCACAGAUCAAGGAGCUGGAACUGGCACAGAUCAAGGAGCUGGAACUGGCACAGGUGAAGGUGCUGGAACUGGCACAGAUCAAGGUGCAGGAACUGGCACAGGUGAAGGAGCAGGAACUGGCACAGAUCAAGGAGCAGGAACUGGCACAGGUGAAGGAGCAGGAACUGGCACAGAUCAAGGAGCUGGAACUGGCACUGGUGAAGGAGCAGGAACUGGCACAGAUCAAGGAGCAGGAACUGGCACAGGUGAAGGAGCUGGAACUGGCACAGAUCAAGGAGCAGGAACUGGCACAGGUGAAGGAGCUGGAACUGGCACAGGUGAAGGAGCAGGAACUGGCACAGGUGAAGGAGCAGGAACUGGCACAGAUCAAGGAGCUGGAACUGGCACAGGUGAAGGAGCUGGAACUGGCACAGAUCAAGGAGCUGGAACUGGCACAGGUGAAGGAGCUGGAACUGGAACAGAUCAAGGAGCAGGAACUGGCACAGGUGAAGGAGCUGGAAGUGGCACAGAUGAAGGAGCUGGAACUGGCACAGGUCAAGGAGCUGGAACUGGCACAAGUGAAGGAGCAGGAACUGGCUCAGAUCAAGGAGCGGGAACUGGCACAGAUCAAGGAGCUGGAACUGGCACAGGUGAAGGAGCAGGAACUGGCACAGGUGAAGGAGCAGGAACUGGCACAGAUCAAGGAGCAGGAACUGGCACAGGUGAAGGAGCUGGAACUGGCACAGAUCAAGGAGCUGGAACUGGCACAGAUCAAGGAGCAGGAACUGGCACAGGUGAAGGAGCUGGAACUGGCACAGAUCAAGGAGCUGGAACUGGCACAGAUCAAGGAGCUGGAACUGGCACAGAUCAAGGAGCUGGAACUGGCACAGAUCAAGGAGCUGGAACUGGCACAGGUGAAGGAGCAGGAACUGGCUCAGAUCAAGGAGCAGGAACUGGCACAGAUCAAGGAGCAGGAACUGGCACAGGUGAAGGAGCGGGAACUGGCACAGAUCAAGGAGCAGGAACUGGCACAGUUGAAGGAGCUGGAACUGGCACAGAUCAAGGAGCAGGAACUGGCACAGGUGAAGGAGCAGGAACUGGCACAGGUGAAGGAGCUGGAACUGGCACAGAUCAAGGAGCUGGAACUGGCACAGAUCAAGGAGUUGGAACUGGCACAGAUCAAGGGACAGGAACUGGCACAGGUGAAGGAGCUGGAACUGGCACAGAUCAAGGAGCAGGAACUGGCACAGGUGAAGGAGCUGGAACUGGCACAGAUCAAGGAGCAGGAACUGGCACAGGUGAAGGAGCUGGAACUGGCACAGGUGAAGGAGCUGGAACUGGCACAGAUCAAGGAGCUGGAACUGGCACAGAUCAAGGAGUUGGAACUGGCACAGAUCAAGGGACAGGAACUGGCACAGGUGAAGGAGCAGGAACUGGCACAGGUGAAGGAGCUGGAACUGGCACAGAUCAAGGAGCUGGAACUGGCACAGGUGAAGGAGCUGGAACUGGCACAGAUCAAGGAGCAGGAACUGGCACAGGUGAAGGAGCUGGAACUGGCACAGGUGAAGGAGCUGGAACUGGCACAGAUCAAGGAGUUGGAACUGGCACAGAUCAAGGGACAGGAACUGGCACAGGUGAAGGAGCUGGAACUGGCACAGAUCAAGGAGCUGGAACUGGCACAGAUCAAGGAGCUGGAACUGGCACAGAUCAAGGAGUUGGAACUGGCACAGAUCAAGGAGCAGGAACUGGCACAGGUGAAGGAGCUGGAACUGGCACAGAUCAAGGAGCUGGAACUGGCACAGAUCAAGGAGCUGGAACUGGCACAGGUGAAGGUGCAGGAACUGGCUCAGAUCAAGGAGCUGGAACUGGCACAGGUGAAGGAGCUGGAACUGGCACAGAUCAAGGAGCUGGAACUGGCACAGAUCAAGGAGCUGGAACUGGCACAGAUCAAGGAGCUGGAACUGGCACAGAUCAAGGAGCAGGAACUGGCACAGGUGAAGGAGCUGGAACUGGCACAGAUCAAGGAGCUGGAACUGGCACAGGUGAAGGAGCUGGAACUGGCACAGAUCAAGGAGCUGGAACUGGCACAGAUCAAGGAGCUGGAACUGGCACAGAUCAAGGAGCAGGAACUGGCACAGGUGAAGGAGCUGGAACUGGCACAGAUCAAGGAGCAGGACCUGGCACAGGUGAAGGAGCUGGAACUGGCACAGGUGAAGGAGCUGGACCUGGCACAGAUCAAGGAGCUGGAACUGGCACAGAUCAAGGAGCUGGAAUUGGCACAGAUCAAGGAAUUGGAACUGGCACAGAUCAAGGAGCUGGAACUGGCACAGAUCAAGGAGCUGGAACUGGCACAGGUGAAGGUGCAGGAACUGGCUCAGAUCAAGUAGCAGGACCUGGCACAGGUGAAGGAGCUGGAACUGGCACAGGUGAAGGAGCUGGAACUGGCACAGAUCAAGGAGCUGGAACUGGCACAGAUCAAGGAGCUGGAAUUAGCACAGAUCAAGGAAUUGGAACUGGCACAGAUCAAGGAGCUGGAAUUGGCACAGAUCAAGGAAUUGGAACUGGCACAGAUCAAGGAGCUGGAACUGGCACAGAUCAAGGAGCAGGACCUGGCACAGAUCAAGGAGCUGGAACUGGCACAGGUGAAGGAGCUGGAACUGGCACAGAUCAAGGAGCUGGAACUGUCACAGAUCAAGGAUCUGGAACUGGCACAGAUCAAGGAAUUGGAACUGGCACAGAUCAAGGAGCUGGAACUGGCACAGAUCAAGGAGCAGGAACUGGCACAGGUGAAGGACCUGGAACUGGCACAGGUCAAGGACCUGGAACAGGCACAGAUCAAGGAGCUGGAACUGGCACAGAUCAAGGAGCUGGAACCGGCACAGAUCAAGGAAUUGGAACUGGCACAGAUCAAGGAGCAGGAACUGGCACAGGUGAAGGAGCUGGAACUGGCACAGAUCAAGGAGCUGGAACUGGCACAGAUCAAGGAGCUGGAACUGGCACAGGUGAAGGUGCAGGAACUGGCACAGAUCAAGGAGCUGGAACUGGCACAGGUGAAGGAGCUGGAACUGGCACAGGUGAAGGAGCUGGAACUGGCACAGAUCAAGGAGCUGGAACUGGCACAGAUCAAGGAGCUGGAACUGGCACAGAUCAAGGAGCUGGAACUGGCACAGAUCAAGGAGUUGGAACUGGCACAGAUCAAGGAGCAGGAACUGGCACAGGUGAAGGAGCUGGAACUGGCACAGAUCAAGGAGCUGGAACUGGCACAGAUCAAGGAGCUGGAACUGGCACAGAUCAAGGAGUUGGAACUGGCACAGAUCAAGGAGCUGGAACUGGCACAGAUCAAGGAGCAGGACCUGGCACAGGUGAAGGAGCUGGAACUGGCACAGGUGAAGGAGCUGGAACUGGCACAGAUCAAGGAGCUGGAACUGGCACAGAUCAAGGAGCUGGAACUGGCACUGAUCAAGGAAUUGGAACUGGCACAGAUCAAGGAGCUGGAACUGGCACAGAUCAAGGAGCUGGAACUGGCACAGAUCAAGGAGCUGGAACUGGCACAGAUCAAGGAGCUGGAACUGGCACAGGUGAAGGAGCAGGAACUGGCACAGAUCAAGGAGCUGGAACUGGCACAGAUCAAGGAGCUGGAACUGGCACAGAUCAAGGAAUUGGAACUGGCACAGAUCAAGGAGCUGGAACUGGCACAGAUCAAGGAGCAGGACCUGGCACAGGUGAAGGAGCUGGAACUGGCACAGGUGAAGGAGCUGGAACUGGCACAGAUCAAGGAGCUGGAACUGGCACAGAUCAAGGAGCUGGAACUGGCACUGAUCAAGGAAUUGGAACUGGCACAGAUCAAGGAGCUGGAACUGGCACAGAUCAAGGAGCUGGAACUGGCACAGAUCAAGGAGCUGGAACUGGCACAGAUCAAGGAGCUGGAACUGGCACAGAUCAAGGAGCUGGAACUGGCACAGAUCAAGGAGCUGGAACUGGCACAGGUGAAGGAGCUGGAACUGGUACAGGUGAAGGAGCUGGAAGUGGCACAGAUCAAGGAGCUGGAACUGGCACAGAUCAAGGAGCUGGAACUGGCACAGAUCAAGGAGCUGGAACUGGCACAGAUCAAGGAGCUGGAACUGGCACAGAUCAAGGAGUUGGAACUGGCACAGAUCAAGGAGCAGGAACUGGCACAGGUGAAGGAGCUGGAACUGGCACAGAUCAAGGAGCUGGAACUGGCACAGAUCAAGGGGCAGGAACCGGCACAGGUCAAGGAGAUGGAACUGGCACAGAUCAAGGAGCUGGAACUGGCACAGAUCAAGGAGUUGGAACUGGCACAGAUCAAGGAGCAGGAACUGGCACAGAUCAAGGAGCAGGAACCGGCACAGAUCAAGGAGCGGGAACUGGCACAGACCAAGGAGCUGGAACUAGCACAGAUCAAGGAGCAGGAACUGGAACAGGUGAAGGAGCUGGAACCGGCACAGAUCAAGGAGCGGGAAAUGGCACAACUCCAAUCGAUGGCGGUUCAGAUUCUUCGUCUGGCUCUGAUGGUUGCAGCCAAUAUAACUACCGCCAAGAAGGCGAUCAAGUCAUCUUUAUCGGAAUUGAUGGAGCAUGUGAACUGACGAUUGACCUAUCGGUGGCUAGAGCUGCCAAGAGACGCGGUCCGGGCAAAGGUGGAAACGUCGAGAGAAAACUCCACCAUUGGAGUAAGGAAAACGCCGAGUUGUGUCCGCUCUGGCAGUUCUACACCACCCCGAGCG